CCUAUAAGUAUCGUGGUAGGUCGGCUGAAUUUGUAGAUAUUCUUUCCUGAAACCCAAGCUCAAACGACCCUUUUCAUCGCUCUCGGCUUACCUAUAGCUUUUGACUAAAUUGGUACAUCGACUUGAUCCCCGGCCGCAAAACAUCGCCACGAAAUGUCGACUACACAGGAAAAGGGCCAAAGGUACAGCGUCCUGGUCUCAUGCACCCUGCAUGAUGGCAAGACCGACGAAUACCUGGCUAUCAUGGAAAAAGUGAUAGCAUACCUGUCAAAGGAGGAGCCCGAUUUUCUACACAUUGAGAUAAUGCGGGUGGACGGUUCGCCAAACAAGCUUAGAUAUCUCGAACACUGGGCCAAGCCAUUCGAUGUUCUUGCCAAGGACACUGCAUCUAACCCGCAGCUCAACGAAUUUAUGAACGCGAUGGACCCACUCCUGGCCGAGAAGAGGAGCGUAGAGUUUCUGAGAAGCUUUGGUGGGCCUUGGGCGAGAACGAGAGAUGGUACCUUUUCCAAGAUAAGAUGCAUGCUUACUCCACCGGGCGAGGCUUCCCUUCUUUCCUUGCCAGGCGCCUAUUCUUGA